AUGAUUCUGCUGUGUAUCCUCAUCCUACUGGCUCUGUGCGGGCCUGCACAUGGCGCCUGUGGAGACACCUGUGGUCUCCGGCCCAUGGGUAGUACCCUCGGCUCUACACGCGUUGUGGGUGGCUCAGAUGUCCUGCCAGGGACUGGGGCCUGGGCAGGAAUUGCCAGUAUCCGUUGCUACUGGAACCCACCUGUGUCCAUUCAUGUCUGUGGAGGGACUCUCAUCAGCUCACAGUGGCUCCUCUCAGCUGCCCACUGCUUUGUCAACCGUACCAACCCCCUUAGCGAGUGGGCCAUCGUGCUUGGGGCCACCUCAUUGGCCCAAACAAGCCCUGAUGUGGAAGUGCGCCGGAUUAAGCGACUGAUCAUGCACGAAGACUACGUUCCUAAUCUUGAGUUCCAUGACAUGGCCUUGGUGGAAUUGGACAAGCCAGUCCGGUGCAGGUCCAACAUUCAGACCGCCUGCCUGCCUGCACCUUCGGUGAAAUUGUCAAACAUGAACAACUGCUACGUUGCUGGCUGGGGUGACAGAAUUGUAAAAUCUUCAGGUAGAGAUAUCCUGCAGCAGGCCAAGGUUCAAUACAUCAAUAACGAGCUAUGCAACAGUAGCGAGUGGCUCAGUGGGUACAUCUACGACUUCAACGUGUGUGCUGGGCAGGGCGGUGUUGGCACCUGCCAGGGUGACAGUGGGGGGCCUCUUGUCUGUGAAGACAAGCGCGUUGGCGCCUUCUGGCAAAUUGGUGUGACCAGCUGGGGAAUAGGCUGUGCCAGACCCAAACGGCCUUCAGUCUUCGGCUCCACUCAGUACUACUACAACUGGAUCUGGAAAAUGUCGGGAAGGAAGCCAGUUACUCCAGCAGUUACUCCAGCGCCAACCGCAGCCCCCCAGCCGACAGUUACAGAGCCAGCACAACCCUGUCCAUUUCCACGUGAAAAGCUGAAGCAAUUCUUUAUUAUGCUGAAGGAUAUCUUGCAGUACCUAAAGGGAAAACUGUUCUGA